AUUCGUCUUCACCACUCUUGGCUCAUAUGCCCACCAACGGUGCCCGUUUCUCCUCCUGCAUUGAGUGCGCAUCUCGCGCCCCUCGCUGCCAACAUGGCUUAUAACCCCAAUCAGUCACCUAACCCCUUCGUCGAUCCAUACGAUCCCUACGAUGCACCUAGGGAUCCUAUUCCCCUGGUUGAUUUCCCCAGACAAUCCGAGGAUAUGUCCAAUGCUCGAUCUUUUCGGCCUUCCGCUUCCCCAGAUAUCUCUCCGCCCGAGAGCCCGGCAAUUGGUUAUGGUGCAUCGUCGCGGGGGGUGGGGCGUGAGCAGUAUGCGCCAGUUGGUGGUAGUGGACUUGGGUUAGACACUCCAGAGUUUCAACCACAGACAGCAGGAAACUCGCUAUACUCUCUUGGAUCGCUGAGUCAGUACAAAACGCAAGAUGCGGAUACACAGAGGCUGGUGGAUAGAAGAGCAGGCGAGUUGGCGAAAUGGCACAUCCAUUGGGCCACACCCGCCCUCGCAAUAGUCCUGUUCGUGGCGGGCGUAAUGGCAGCCCUGGGCCACCACUUCUUCUAUGCCAGUUUGGACGGCCAGCCUGCCGAAAACCAGCUCCUCAUGAUCAGGUAUGGCACGGCCUUGGCUUUCUUCGUCAAGAGCACUUUGGUGGGCUGUGUGGUCUUGUGCUACCGACAGCGAAUAUGGCGCACCUUCAGACGAAAGGCAAUGACGCUACGAGCCAUUGAUGGACUAUUCGCAGCCACCGAAGAUCUUACUUCUUUCUGGAACUGGGAGAUGAUUCGUAUGGGUAAGCUGGCGACCUUCAUGGCGUUAUGUAGUUGGCUGCUCCCACUCGCUUCCGUUCUCUCGCCGUCCUCCCUAACAUCCGAAGUCCGCGAAGUGUUCAACACUACCCAAUGCGACAACGUAGCCACGCUCAAUUUCGACCGAGAAGCGAAACACGAUUUUCGUCGAGAAGAUACCUACGCUGGUGCGUCGUUGGUUUAUUGGAAUACCACGGAUAUUGAGGGCAAGAAAGAUGGCUGGUUUGACUACUAUGAUCAGCCUUCCAAGAAUGCGAAGCGCUUGGCUGUCACGGCCGUCUACUUGAAGAAGCCAGCGACCGAUCCUCUGGCUUCCUUGAACUCUUGCGGCGAGCGAUGGAACUGCACCUACUCGUUAAAUUUUGUAGCGCCGGGAUACAAGUGCGAUGAAAUCAAAAACCCCAACAACCCCACUGUCAAUGCUCCUUUCAACUAUAGCACCUUGGCACCCCAAGGGGAUAUGAUUUAUUACGCCAGCACGGAUUUGAACGACUACAUGAACCCCCAAAUCGAUACGAACGAGAAUGGGAUACCAAUCCCCGAGCCUCCAUAUCCGAAAUCACUAGGAGUUUUCCAAUCCGAACCUGUUUUAUGGAUAGGACAUUCGGUGAACACGACUGAACCAUACCCCUCGGGCUCACCCCACGCAAAAUGGGUCAAUGUGCAUCAACCUCACAUAUUCAAAUGCGUGGUUUAUCAAACAAACUAUACCUUCGAGUUGCAUUACAACGAUACUGUGCAGACGCAUAAGCGCCUGCAACGUGAUUUUCUUCACCCCAUCAUAGAAACGACGGUUUCUAUAGAUCCCACAAACAGCAGUAAAGUUACCGCCAGCCCUGAAUCCAACUUCGUCGUCCCCUCCGACAGGGAGAAAUACAAAUAUACCGCCACCUACCACUCUCUAGGCGCUCUCUUCCGCAACUUCCUCCGCGGCCACAUUAUCAAGACCAAAUACCCAGUCACCAAAUCCGACAUCUCUGAAUCUCGUUUGAUGGACGCGAUAACUUCAUACCCCAUCUCGGAUCUGCAGACCAAAGUCCCAGAAGUCUUCGAAGACAUGCUCAUCACUCUCCUGUCCGAACCCUUCCUCGUAGUCCGCGACAGCACCAGCGUUCCCUGCACAAAAUCCCGCUCCGUAAUCGUCUUCGCGUAUCACCGCGAGGGGUUAUGGGUCGGCUACGCCUUCGCCGUAGUCAUCACGCUGGCGUUCCUCGGUGUGGGUGGGUGGUCGAUAUUCCAGAACGGCGUGGCAUCUGAUACUUUGUUCUCCCGCAUCAUGGUUACUACGCGCAAUCCUACACUCGACCAGCUCAGUGUCGGCGCGUGUCUUGGCGGCGACCCGUUCCCCAAGGAACUUACAAAGACGAAGUUGAGGUUUGGUGUGCUGAAUGAGGAGAAUCCUAGGGAGGGUCCGUAUGGUGUUGUUGGGCAUUGCUGUUUCGGCUCCGCAGGUGAGGUGAGGGAGAUUGAGAAGCGUGGGACGUAUGCGGGGUUGAAGAAGUAUAGGGAUGGUGGUGUGCUGAAUGAACGAAGGGAGAAAGAGGAGGUGGGAGGAUUUGACGAGAAAGAGCCUCUGUUGGAGGGACAAGAAGAAAGCGGUGAUGACGUUGGCCAUGAAUGA